UUCUCUUAUUAAUAAAUUUGUCAAACAAUAAAUUAAAUGAACGUAUAGAGAAUGCCUUCUGAAAUAUGGUGUCAAUGUGCUUAAUAUCGGCGAACUGGACCAUGCUUCUGUAUUCAAAAUAUCUAUAAUAAAAGAAUGAUUUUCCGAAAGUGGUUUUUGUUCGUAAUUUGGUUUUGAAAGAUUGAAAAGCAAGUAAAGGACACAGGAACAACAACUAACAUGGAAACCCGACCACCUUACUCAAAAUCUGCCCGUUUGGAAAAUGAUAACGACCAUAACCAUAGUGCAGUUCCUUUGGAUGAGGUGUUGGCGUGCUCCACAAGUGAACUACCUGGAAGAACAUCUAGAAAGCGACUGAAGAUAGAUGGCAGAGACAUCCUCAUCAUUAAAUACGGAGUCAAUUACUAUGCGAUGGACUCUGUAUGCUACCAUGCAGGGGGUCCUCUUUAUGAUGGUGACAUUGAGGAACUGGGUGGAAGAUUGUGUCUUGUAUGUCCUUGGCACAAAUACAAAGUGUGUGUCGACACUGGUCAAAAUUAUUACCAGUCGGUUGAUCCGUUCCAUCCCAAGACCAGUGUGAAAUGGACAGCAGGGAGUCAGCGGCAGAGGACGCAUGCAGUGCGCGUACACGAGGGCAAUAUCUACCUAAAACUGACCGACAGGGAUGGCACCUUAGAUUCGGAUAAAUACAAUACGGAAAAGCAGGAUAACUUAUGACUACUCUUUUGUUAUUAAAUCAAAAUUUGAAACUGUUUUUCUAAUUUGUGUUACUUAAUAAAUAAAUAAAAAAUG